AUGAUACACUAUUUGCUUUUUCAAUCUAGAAAAUCUAUCACUUAUCCAUCGGCUUCUUUUGAAAGCUUUGAAUCAACAGCAGUCUCAAACGUCAUUGCUACAUUUAAGGAUUUUGGUCUAGAUGAACAAAUAUUAAAAGUUAUUGGAGAACUGGGAUGGGAAUGCCCGACAUUAGUGCAAAGCCAAAUGAUACCAUUUGUUUUCGAGCAUAAGAAUAUUCUCGCACGGGCACGAACGGGUAGUGGCAAAACUGCUGCAUACAUGCUUCCUAUCGUGCAAAUGAUUUUACAACUCAGAUGUAAUUCUGCCAGUAAAGAUGAAGUUGGACCGUUUGCUCUCUUUAUUGUUCCUUCAAAAGAGUUGGCAAAACAAACUUAUGAACUGUUAUGCAAGUUAACGGAAAAAUUUCCAUUUUUAAUGUCGAUGAAUUUUGCUGAACAGAACACAGAUGUUGACGAUGACUGGUUGUCGGAUGCCCCUGAUUUUGUCGUUUCAACACCUAGUAGGCUUUUACACGCGCUUAGAAAACAUGAAGCACCAUGUAAAUCAGUUAAGCAUGUUGUUCUUGAUGAAGCUGAUCUAUUGUUGUCAUUUGGAUAUGCUGAGGAAAUGAGAGUAAUCAAAAGUUUCCUUCCUUCUCAUCACCAGACGGUUUUUACCUCAGCAACAAUGACGGAAAAUGUGGAAGCACUUAAAGAAGUUUACGUGACCGGUUCGGUUGUCUUAAUGAAGCUAAAGGAAGGACAGCUUCCAAAUAGUGAUCAGCUCUCACAAUAUCAUAUUUUCUGUCAAAAUGAAGAGGAAAGAUUUGCUAUCUUUCUAGCGUUAUUGAAAUUGAAAUUAAUUGUUGGAAAAUCGAUUAUUUUUGUGAAAGAUACUAAUCGAUGUUAUCAACUUGGAUUAUUUCUACAAGCAUUCAAUAUUCGAUCUUGCAUCUUAAAUGCUCAAAUGCCAGUUAAUAGUCGUUGCCAUGUAGUGGAAGAAUUUAAUGAGGGACGGUAUACUUAUGUCAUUGCAUCCGAUAUCAAUGAUGUAUCUGGUGAACUACAAACUUUCGUAAAGCAAGAAGAUGAUAAUAACAACGUUUCUGAUGAAAAGAAAAAAAUCAAACGAAAAAAAUCGAAAAAUUUGGAUAAGGAGUCUGGAGUUUCACGAGGUAUUGAUUUCCAUCACGUUGCAAAUGUCAUCAAUUUCGAUUUCCCUACAUCUGUCGACUCUUAUAUUCAUCGUGUGGGCAGGACUGCUAGAGGGUGGAAUAAAGGCAAUGCUUUAUCAUUUGUUUCUCCAUCAGAAAGAUCUUUCUUGGAAAUAGUUCAGGAAGAGAUUGACGCUCAGUUAGGGCAUCGCACAAUAGCUCCAUAUGAAGUUCGCGUAAAGGAACUGGAAUCAUUCAUAUUGAGAGCCCGAGAAGUACUUGCAGCAUGUACUAAAACCGCUAUAAGAGAAGCCAGAUUAGGGGAAAUCCGAGCAGAAUUAUUGCGUUCCAAACAACUUGAAACUUAUUUCGCUAAAAAUCCUCGUGAAAGAGCCGCACUGGAGCAUGAUAAGAAGCUUUUUUCUGUAAAUCUUCAUAAUCCAGCUAUUGGCGACGUACCGGAUUAUAUGGGUAAUGAUUUUACAGUUCCGCUAUCACUUCGUGGGGUUAAUAACUACCGUAAUCAGUUGGAUAAGAAAAAAAGGAAGCGAAAAUAUAAACGUGUACGACCAACUUCUCACCAAAUCAAAUAUCGGAAGAAAAUGGAUGAUCCUCUGCAAAGUUUCUCUUUAUAG